AUGUCUUGGGACGCCAGGAACCAGGCUCCCAGGGGCAUCAAGGGCAAAGAACGUGACCCUGGACCGGUCUAUGCUGAUCCCAGCGACCUCUCGACAUCGAGCGGGAGCUGCAGAUCAUCACGGGCCGGGUCCCCUAUGAAACUCACCGAGGACACGGGGCACGAACUUGCCGCCCCUGUUGUAGCGCAACAAACCGUGGUGCAAGAAGCACCAUCUACCACUCCUUCCAUGGCUCCUCAGCACGGGGAGAACAAUGACAUGAUGGAACUCAAUGACCAGAUUUUCGACCGUGAACUCGCACAGCUGAACGGUGAGGCUGAGGCAUUUGACGGCUAUAUGGAAUGGGAGCUUGACACGAAUGCCGGAAGUCAGGCAUCAAAUGCCAAACUCUCCUCCAUUCCUGCAAAGACUGCAGUUGAUACCGACAAUGAUUUAUUGAUGCCUCCGAUCCAGGCAUAUAGUGUUCAGACCCUGUCCCAGUGGUCAGUCAGUCGCUCAGUUUAG